AUGUUUAACUAGUUGGUAGAUAAGCAUCUGUGCGAACUUAUCAAACAAUAAAUAGACUUACAAGAAUAUUUUGACAGCAAUCUACCUAAUUAUGAAAUACUUGACUAAUCUUAUCCAAGUUAGCAUCACGAUGAAAAGGAGUUGAUAGAGGGUAUAACUUUAGAUCAUCCCAAAGAUAUCCAUGAAAUGUACGAAGAAUUAAUUGGUAGCAAAUUGAAAGAUUAAAAAACAGCUGAUGGUUCAAUUGUAUCUAUUGAAUAUCAUUUGAUCAUCUUGCCUGUAACAUUACAAAAUAAUCCCAAAUAACUAAUGAAAGUAUUAAGUGAAACAGAGAGACCUGAAUACUUCGAAAAUAAAGUCAUCCAGACUAUCAUAAACUUUAAAUGGAAUGAAUAUACUAAAAGAUUUUAUGAGUUUGGGUUCUACAUUUAUUUGAUAUUUAUGACAUCUUUUAUUUUCGAUAUCUUCUAUUCAACUUACGCUACAUAAAGCAAUUGUGAUGAAAAAGACGAUGUAGUUGGAUAAUCAAAUACAGAAAUUUUAAGACCCAAUAUAUGGAUUAAGAUUUCAAAUAAAAUAAUAUGCAGUGGGAUACUAAUUUACUUCUUAGUUUAUGAGAUUAAGCAGGUGAAAGUUUAAGGAAAGGAUUAUUUUAAAGAUGGAUGGAAUUACUUUGACUUUUUACACAUUGUUUCAUUCACAAUAUAUUGCAUUUUAGACUUCAUAGAUGUGGACCAGGAUAUUCUAAUCUUGGUAAAAAUUAUGGUGAUCGUACUAUCCUUUAUGAAAUUAUUGUUCUUCUUGAGAAUUUAUGAUGGAUUUAGUUUCCUCGUUUAAAUGAUGGCUGGCGUCUUCAAAGACCUCAAAUAUUUCUUGAUUUUCUUCUUAAUUUUCAUCCUGCAAUUUGGAAUGAUAUUCUUGGUCCUCUUCAAAGCAUAGGGAAUCGAAGAAUACAAUGGUGUUAAUAAAUUGGCAUACUUUUUAAUGGCCUUCAGAAUAUCAUCUGGCGACUUCUAACUCGAUGAUUAUCAUAGCUAAAAUGAUGGGCUAGUCCUUUUUACAUGGAUGAUAUGGUUAAUAGCUGUCAUGGCUUUGAAUAUCGUGUUCAUGAACUUCAUCAUCGCUGUUAUCUCGGAGUCCUACGAAAGAGUAAUGCAGAAAUUGGUGGCAGAAUCGUACAGAGUUAAAGCUAAUAUGAUUGUUGAGAGAGAAUAACUAUUCAAAGAUUCUGAUUUGACAUGCAAAGAUUACUUUCCAAACUAUAUAGUUGUGAGAAGACCUCUUAAUACAGAGAGUAAUGAAGGUGGGGAAUGGUAGGGAUUCAUUAAAGAUCUCAAGUAUAGUCUCUAGUGA